ACACACUCUGUAUCAGUUUCUACAGUUUCUACAACAACCACAACAGCACCAUCAUCGUCUACGUCAACAGUUCCCCCAGGUGACACUAGUAUGUCCAUCAGUACUCCCCCUGUGACAACGACACAGCAAUAUCCAGCGUGUGUUACCUCCCCCAGUGGCGUCUACGUAGCAGCUGGAACUGUUGGCGGUGCUGUGUUCGGCAGCGUCGUCACUGUCGUUGUCGUCGCCCUGUGGACGCACAACAAGAACAAGACCAAAGAUGACCAAGCUACAAACGUAUACGCCUCUACAUCAGCGUACGAGUACGUCGAUCACCAAUACGCCAUGGCUCCGAGGCAGUACGUCAACACCGUGGAGGGUGCAGAGACACCACACUACGUGAAUACAGACAGGGUUACAGGAGACACAGCCUACUACAACACUACACAGUGAACACCGUGGAGGUUCAGAGACACCACACUAUGUGUAUUACCUGGACUUCUGGGACAUGAGUGUAGCAUCAGAAAACAACGACGUUCAUCCCAACAUGACACUAGUAGGCCAGAUGUGACAGACGCUACUUGGGUACAUAUGUCCGAACUGAUCUCUUAGACCCUCGAAUCCACACCUUUCAUCUGGUGUCAUGGCUUUGGUGGUUUGGUCAGGCGGUGAGGUGGCCGAGUGGUUAAAGCGUUCCCUCCCACGCCCAGGUCACAUUCUAUAUUUAGGUACGUUGUCUGAAGCUCAUCUCUGGUGUCCCUGACAUGGUAUUGUCUAAUACCAGUGAAAACGGUGGUACUUAUAAAACGGCGGUACUUAUAAAACGGCUGUACUUAUAAAACGGCUGUACUUAUAAACCGGCGGUACUUAUAAAACGGCGGUACUUAUAAAACGGCUGUACUUAUA